GAUACCUCCAUGCCUCUUGUUCCAUUUUCGCGGCCUCUAAUUGGAUUUUACUGCGGAGUUCCAUUUCGGGUGUGUGUUUGAUAAAACUGUACGUUUGUCCAGAAUCAUAUUUGCUCUUCCCUUUUUUUUUUCGAGCCUUUCGACACACAUAGCAACAUGACUUUGGCCGUCGAUCUUCUUCACCCUACUGUUGAACAUGAAAAGCGCUCUCACAAGCUCAAGAGACUUGUGCAAUCUCCCAACUCUUACUUCAUGGACGUCAAGUGCCCUGGUUGUUUGAACAUCAGCACCGUCUUCUCCCAUGCUCAAACUGUUGUGCUUUGCUCAUCCUGUGGUACCGUCUUGUGCCAACCCACUGGUGGUCGCGCUCGUUUGACUGAAGGUUGUUCUUUCCGCAAGAAGGCCAACUAAACAAAAACUACACCUCUCAACUCGUCUCUUUUUUUAUUUGAAAUGGUUGUAUAUGGAUUGACGAUAAUACUGUUUUUAUUGUAGUUUAGAUACAUUGAUUAUCUUUUUUAUUUUUUGAAUGAUAGUAUAUAUGUAUAUAUAUAUAUGUCUUUCCAAUAAAAAAAAAAAAUAUCAAAAUUGACAGUCGUGCAUUUUA